AUGAAGCUGCUCCUCCUCCUUGCAAGCACUGCCCUGGCAACAUGGCACAAACCUCUCCCAGGCCAGUUCUCCCUCCUCGCUCGCGACUCCAAUGGCAACUGUACCGCCAAAAACACCUGCUCUGACUGCUACGGCGCAGGAAACAUCCUCUGCGACAACGCAGGCUGCUUCAAUCCAAAUAAGGGGGAACAAUGCUAUACCUGCGUAGCCAAAGAUAACUCCUGCUGUGACACUCUGGGAACAGGAACACCAGGAACAGAUGGCCUCCUUCCCCUGCCGACCGGGUCCGCCUCCGCCUCCUCGACAUCCGGCAUAUUCGACACAAUAAUCUGCACACCCGAGCAGACCAACGAAGAAUGCUGCUCCCAGAGCGGGCUCUAUCCGUCCCUGAAAUGGUGCUACGGAAGUUACCCCGACCAAAUGUGCUACAACCCCAAGCACCAGAUCUGCUGUUCCGAGGGGACGGUGUGUUUCGGCGAGGGGUGCUGUGACUUGGUCAGCGCGAGUGCUAUCACGCCCGAUCCAGUGCGUGCAACUGCGUUGCCCGAUGGAACUGGGUCGGUAUCUGCGUCUACGUGGGGCCUGGGCACCUCGCAGACGAUGGCGGGGAUGAGUGCGACUGCUACUGCUACUGCUACUGGCAAUCCUGCGACCUCUUCGCCAACUCCGAGCCAGAGAACUAAUGCGGCUCUGGCGACGGGAAUCAAUGAGGCAGAAUAUCAGCCUCUGCGUGAUAUCAUGACCAGUCUCACGGUUGCAGAGGUGUCAGGCUUGAUCGCCGCGGGCGUGUUCAUCCUGCAAUUACUCCUCCCACUGUCUCUGCCCAUCAUUCUCAUCGCUUUCCUGUUCGACGAGAACUCGAUCAUCAGUUGGAAUGUGCUCGCCCGCUUUCUCCACUCAACCCUAUGGCCCAGCAUUCUCGGCUCCAGCACGGCCGCCAUAUCCGGCGUGCAGAAGAGGCUGACCAUCACCGGGUACGCGCAGACGAUCAUACUCGGCGUCGUCUCCGUUGCCUCGAUCGUGACUCCACUGGGCCUGUACGAAUCCAUUGAGCCGGCGGGGUCAACGACGCCCGAACCAUUCGGCUACAUCAAAGGCACAUCGGCGUUCAGCUACGGCAGGCCGUUUCGCAGCGAUGCCCCGUUCACGCGCAACUGCGGCCUCCGCCAGGCUUGUCCGGGGACGACUAUGAACAAGACGUGCCACCAGCAGGGCCUGUUGGAGAAUUGUACCGCCGUCUACGAUAGCCUUAUUCCUGAGCAGCUGGCGGGGGUGUUCCGCGACGGGGCGAGUGGGUUCCGCCCUUCGGUCUCGAGUAUAUUCGACAUGCAGUACCGGACUUUUUUCAACGGGACGGACGCGUACAGCGCGCUGGGAUGGUAUGCGAAACCGUCGUAUCGUUCUCUGCAGGUUCUGAUUCUGGAUGAGAAGGUCGAGGCUGUGGAGGGGUUGAUUGUUGAUAUGGUGGAUGGGGUGAUAGGGUUUCGGAAUCAUACGGCGCCGUCCAAGGCGCUCAAGUACGGGUCGACCUGGGACGAGGAUAUCUUGUUCGUCCAGCCGGAGACGCGGUGCGUGCCAUUGAACUUCGCAAUCGAUUUCCUGCUGCCGUCGGAUCUAGAGACGACCUUGUCUGUGGUGAAUCUGGUGCUGAAAGAUCACGGAGGGCUGUCGAAUCUCGCGCAGCCUCGCCCGUCAAUCAGUGUUCCUGUUAAUGGACACGAUUUUGAACUAUGGCAGAGAGCGUGGAAUGCAGCAUGGUAUAACAACUUCCUGACGCUGGCAUACUUCAAUGCCACCGAUCCGGAUCCUACCAAUAUCACCCGUCUGGAUGUCACGCCAGGACAGACAUUCCAGCUAGGGAGGGCGAACUUUACCCUUGGAUAUCGCAACAUCCAGACCACAAUCAGUCUGGGAGAGUACCUCGAUCUUAGCGUCAGCAACUCGACCGUGAACCCGCACGGGAUCGCCCAAAAAGACUUUGACCUUGCCA